AUGACAGUUCCAAAUGUAGUGAAAGUUUUUAUCUUGAGGGCCUGUAAGAAUGCUUUGCCUACUAAAGCAAAUUUUGUCAAAAUGAAGGUUCAAGAGGAUCCAUUCUGCCCUAUUUAUGGAUCAGAUGGGGAAACCACAUGGCAUAUCUUGUGGAAAUGUACGGUGGCUAGAGAAACAUGGAGUAUGUGUGGAAGAAGACUACAAAAGAGCAAUGUGGAGAAUGGAGAGUUUAUUCAUAUUGUGGAAGAGCUGCAAGAUAAAUUGGAUGAUGAAGAAUUUGCUCUAUUGGCGGCGGCUUUGAGGGCUGUAGUUUUUGCUAGGGAAUUGGGACAUCAACAGGUGGAGUUAGAGGGUGAUACCAUCAAGAUUGUACAGACACUAAAAGAUGAAGGUGCAAUACCUAGUGAAAUUGGUAAUCUACAAAACCUUGAGAUCUUGGCUAUCAGUGGGAACAAAUUAAUGGGGCAAAUUCCGUUUGAGGUCUUUAAUAUCUCAACAAUUCAAGUAAUUGACAUGUCUAUUAAUAUCCUCUCCGGACAUCUUCCAUCAAAUAUAGACAUUUUCCUUCCAAUUCUUCAGUAUCUUUAUGUGAGCGACAACGCUUUGAGUGGAACAAUACCUAGCUUUAUCUCCAAUGCUUCACAACUCACUGAACUAGAUGUGGGCUACAACUCAUUCUCGGGCUUAAUUCCUAAAGCACUUGGUAAUUUAAGACUCCUCCAGUGGCUUGGCCUACAAAACAAUAAUUUGACCAUUGAAUAUUCCACUCCAGAUUUCAACUUUUUCUCUUCUUUGUCAAAUUUUGCAUAUCUAAUACAUUUAGACUUGUCAUAUAAUCCACUUAACAGCGUCCUUCCUAGUUCCAUUGGAAAUCUCUCUACUUCUCUUCAAUAUCUUCACAUGGAUAAUUGUAAGAUUGAGGGCAUCAUUCCUAGAGAGAUAAGUAAUUUAAGCAACUUGGUGUCUUUGUCCCUAGAGCUCAAUGAAUUGGCUAGACGUAUUCCAACUACAGUGGAAAGAUUGCAUAAGCUUCAAGCUCUCUAUCUUGAUGAUAAUAGACUAGAAGGAUCAAUCCCAUCCAAUCUUUGUCAUUUAGAAAGCUUGUUUAAGUUGUAUUUAGGUGGUAAUGAGCUUUCUGGACCUAUUCCUACAUGUGUAAAUAAUUUGACUUCUCUAAGAUAUCUUUACCUAGACUCCAACCAGUUAACUUCUAUGAUUCCCUUCAGCUUGUGGAGCCUUAAAUAUAUUUUGGAGGUCGACCUCUCAUCAAAUUCUCUAAGUGGCCCCCUGUCAUUCGAGAUUGGAAAUUUAAAAGUAUUGAGAGUAUUAGAGUUAUCAAGAAAUCAACUAUCUGGUCAUAUCCCAACAACAAUGGCUGGCCUCAAAGAUAUAACUAAUCUCUCAUUGACGAACAAUCAGUUAGAAGGCUCAAUUCCUAAAUCUUUUGGUGCAUUGGUAAGCUUGGAAUUCUUAGAUCUUUCUUGUAACAAUUUAUCCGGAGAGAUUCCUAAGUCUUUGGAAGCACUUUCAUACCUCAAAUAUCUAAAUGUCUCUUUCAAUAGACUACAAGGAAAAAUACCUGUAGGAGGACCAUUUGUAAACUUCUCUGCUGCAUCUUUUUUGUCAAAUGAUGGACUUUGUGGUGCUCCCCGACUACAAGUUUCUCCAUGUAAAGAAGGUGUUUCUCGACCAAAAAAGACCGCAAUUGCACAUAUACUAAAGUAUGUAUUGCCAACAAUUGGGUUAACAAUACUUGUAGUAGUCGCUCUUGUAUUAGUGUGGAUAAGAUGCCAAAAAAGGUAUAUGCAAAUUCCAAUAGAGGCAAACUCUUUACCACUAGCUACAUGGAGGAGAAUUUCCCAACAAGAACUUUUACAAGCAACAGAAGGGUUCAAUGCAAGCAACAUACUUGGUAAAGGGAGUUUUGGAUCGGUAUACCAAGGGACACUUUCAGAUGGAAUAAUUGUUGCAAUAAAAGUUUUCAACUUGGUAGUAGAAGGGGCGUUCAAGAGUUUUGAUACAGAGUGUGAGGUAUUGCGCAAUAUUCGUCAUCGAAAUCUUGUCAAAAUCAUCAGCACGUGUAGUAACAUGGACUUCAAAUCUUUUGUAUUGGAAUACAUGCCUAAUGGAAACCUAGAGAAAUGGUUGUAUUCUCAAGACCACUAUUUGAGUGUCUUACAAAGACUAAAUAUAAUGAUCGAUGUCGCGUCAGCACUAGAAUACCUUCAUCAUGGUUAUUCAACACCUAUUGUUCAUUGUGAUUUGAAGCCGAGCAAUGUCUUAUUAGAUGAAGAUAUGGUCGCACAUGUGGCUGAUUUUGGAAUUGCCAAACUGUUAGGUGAUGGAGAUUCUGUGAUGCGAACCAUAACUCUCGCUACUAUUGGGUAUAUGGCACCAGAGUAUGGAUUGGAAGGAAUUGUUUCUACAAAAGGCGAUGUCUAUAGUUAUGGUAUUUUGCUUAUGGAAACCUUCACAAGAAAGAAACCUACCGAUGAUAUGUUUGUUGGAGAAAUAAGCUUGAAGCGUUGGGUAGAGGAAUCGUCACCCUUUUCAGUAACUAAAGUUGUUGAUGCCUAUUUGUUGAGAACUGAAAGAGACUAUGCUUCUAUGGAGAAUUGCAUGUCGUCCAUAAUGGGAUUGGCUUUACAGUGUUGUGCUGAGUUACAUGAGCAGAGGAUUAAUGCAAAAAGUAUUUUAAUCACACUCAACAAGAUCAAACUGAAGUUUCUACAAGAUACUCAAGGAAGAAGCUAGUUAAAUGAGAACAUCAGAUUUGAAGAAGAGCAGAGAGGAGGGUCAAAUCUGUGUUUUGAGAAACAAAUCCUAUUGGUCCUAUUUUUGGAUAUCUAUGAAGCUCCAAAGACGGAAGAAGAGAAGGUGCAUAGAAUUCCUCAAAACGACAUGUAUCUAAGAAAAUCCCAAGGCUAAGGUGGGGGUUACUACUAGGUCUAUGCUUAUGGGUCUGUCUAAGAGGGAAAGCGAGAGCAAUUAUUAUGAACUCUCAUGGGUAUGAAAUUUUUGCCGACUAUUUUGAUUGAAGUGGACUCUUUGAUUUUUCUGUUUGAAUUUUCAUUUGGAGAUUUAUAGAGGACUCUGCUUUGACAGAGAGUCUGUUCAUUUAGAAACUAAGUUCAACCCUUUGAGUAUUAUUGUUCAACAUG